AGAGGGGGCGCUAUGACGGCGGACAGGCCCGGCAGGCUGCUGCUGUGUGGAGGAUCGCAGGGAGGAGGACCGAGCUGCUGCCAUUGGCUCCUGCCACGUUAUAAAUACAGGCAAAUGGCAUUUACCGGCUCAGAGCAGGCGGAGACACCGGGGGAAGCAGGCGAGGAGAGCGGACAGGAGAGGACACACCACGACCGCAUCUGGCGCUUCUUUCUUUUUCUUUUUUUUUUUCCUUUUUUGUUUUUUAACAUCUCGACGUUUCGCAGCCAUCCCGGGAUUGGACUCAUUUUUUUCAUCUUUGAUCCCGACUGCAAUCAAUGAAGGAGAGACGCUCGUGUCAGAAGUUAUCUCUGAAAUCCAGCAUGGAUCCCAGUCAGAGUGUGAAGUGUAAGAUAGUGGUGGUGGGGGACAGCCAGUGCGGGAAGACUGCGCUGCUUCACGUGUUCGCCAAGGACUGUUUCCCAGAGAGCUACGUCCCCACGGUGUUUGAAAACUACACGGCCAGUUUUGAAAUCGACACGCAGAGGAUUGAGCUCAGUUUGUGGGACACCUCAGGAUCUCCAUACUACGACAACGUAAGGCCCCUCUCCUAUCCAGACUCCGACGCCGUCCUCAUCUGUUUCGACAUCAGCCGCCCUGAAACGCUCGACAGCGUACUGAAAAAGUGGAAGGGAGAGAUCCAGGAGUUUUGUCCUAACACGAAGAUGCUGUUGGUUGGCUGUAAAUCAGACCUGCGCACUGAUCUGAGCACACUCGUGGAGCUGUCCAACCAUCGACAGACGCCGGUUUCUUAUGACCAGGGCUCCAGCAUGGCCAAGCAGAUCUCGGCGCCCUACAUCGAAUGCUCGGCUCAGCAGUCGGAGAACAGCGUCAGAGACAUUUUCCACGUGGCCACGUUGGCCUGUAUCAACAAAAACAACAAAAAUGUGAAACGCAGCAAGGCCGCCCGCGCCAACAAGAGGAUUUCACACAUGCCCGGUAGGCCCGACCUGGCUGCCGUGGCCUCGGACCUCCGCAAGGACAAAGCUAAAAGUUGCUCGGUCAUGUGACUGAUCAGACAGAGGAGGACAGAGCACGGUGCAAGCAGGACGCUAUGGGGUGGCGCUCUAUCCUGCAUGCUAAACGCCCCUUAUUUGUCUGGAAAGGGGGUUUAUAAGCUUCAAUUCAUGUACAUGUUACUGGAAUACUCUGCACCAAUGAAAACUCAAUGCGUAGUAGCAUCCCAAUCGAUGUGGCCCCCCCCCACCCCACCAGACGAGGAAGCUAUCUAUCAGCGGGCUACCUACUUGGGGAAGUGACGGCUUCCUCUGGGAGGAUAGAGCGGAUGCAGUCAAGGCUUUCCUCAGCAACGGGAAAUGAGCAGGAGGAGUGAUGUCAUUAGGAAAUGCUCAUUUGUAACCGAAGGUUUUAAGAACAUGUGAUCUUUUGAAUGAGAGCCAAAGCCAGCGAUGGGGGGUUUGCUGCCUGGGAGGAAAAGGAGGAGCUGCUGUUGUUUGUGCUGGAUCAAAGACUUCUUGCUCGGAGGGCUUAUACAACAACUCGUCACUGUGGUUGGAACUGAUUCUCUCUCACCCCUGCUCCUGUAGCUGUUAGUCUGUGCAGAGGAGAUUACAAGAGGAAUUUCUUAGUCCUGCGUAACGGAAACCUGACGCUGUGUGUCCCCCCGUCUCUGAUAUGUUGUCGGUAUAAUGUGAAGUCAUUGGUGUGUAACAGAGUCAUUGUUUUAUUUUAGCUUCGUCCUGAUGAGAUCUGCGUUGAACAGCUGAUCUUAAUCUAGUUGAUCCCAUUCUGUCACCUCAACAGCUGUAGACACAGAAUGACUGAAUGAAGAUACUAUUUUCCACACUGACUGGUUCAUGGACUCCAUAAAGAAGAAGGUUGAAACUGUUCUGCCUUCAGGGUUUGACUAACAGUUUCUAAUAUCCACACGGUGAACAAAUUUGUCAAACAUUUUCUCCCUGAAUAGAAAUGCCAUAUUUUAAAACCCUUUAAUGGAUUCUAAAUGGGCCGGAGAUCUUUAGCUGACCAACACUCAGCAAGUGAAAAUUUGACGAACUGUAAAUGAGGACAUCUACGAGGCCGACAGCCUGUUUGAGCUGUUAAUCACUGUUCCACGUCACUUUAAAGAAGGGAGCGGAGCUGAUAAAGAAACGGUUAAAGCUUGUUGAUUAGGCUCUGAAACACCAGAGCUCCUGGCUUUGCCUUUCCCUGAGGUUGCACUGACUCUGCUGUGGUUGGGGAAAAAAAUCCUCAUUAAGGUCCGGUCACACCAGCAGCAGUUAAACGUGGUGGUACUCAGCAGUGAAAUCAGUUCAUUCAAAUGGAAUUGCUGCAGUUUGUGGCUUUGGAGGUUCCCAUUUGGAGAAUUUGCACCAAUAGAGCUACAACGAUUAAUCAGUUACUAAUAUAUGAAUCACCAUCUAUUUUGAUAAUCGAUUUCAGUAGCUUCUUAAAUGUGAAUAUUUCCUGUUUUUUGUCUUAUUGUGUAACAGAAAACUGAAUAUCUUUAACUUUUAAAUAUAUCAUCCUGGGUUUGGGGAAACUUAUCAAAUUAAUCUGGCAAUAUUUUCUCGAGUAAUCUAGAAAACACUGACAGAUUAAUCAACAGUGAAAAAUAAUCAUUAGCUACAGCCUGAUAGCCAACCGUAAACUGUCUCAACAGUGUGGAGUUGGAGGGAACAGGAAGCUACUCUGUGUAACUUAAUUGCCACGUUUUAUUUAAGCUCCUCUCUGGGUAUAAACUGCGACACGAAAGAAGUUUCUGGAUAGCUGUAAGACAGACUAAACUGUAUUAGCCUCCUAGCUAUUGAGCUAAUGCGCCAGCUAACUGGAAAACUUGCUAGCUAUUCAAACGCUCAGUUAGUGUAAUAACAGAAACGGUACACAGUUGGCAGAGAGAGGACUGCUACAAACUAUUUUUUCCUUAAACUUGCAGUUUAACUUUAUGUUAGCCCAAAUAGCUAGCAUGUUAGCGGUUAGCUCAGCAGCUGCAGUAAAUUCCCAGUUAAACCUUGCAUAUGUGCACACCAGGUGUGCUUAUUAUUAUGCUGCUUUUCUAGUCCGAGGUAUCCCACUUCAAGUCCAUAUUUACAUAUUUGGUGCAUGUACACUGCUAUCCAGUGUGCAAACUAUUGCCUUUGUAGCUUUCCACAUACUUUACAAAGCCACACGCAUGACUUUCACUGUGACCAGACCUUAACUCAGAUUGGAUGAUUGUAUUUCCCCCCCUCCACAGUUUCAAUAGUAUCGGGACAUUUCAGAUUCAGGACCUCUGAGGCUCGUUUAAAAUUUAGUGUAUCGCCGUGUAAACAGAGAAUAGGUGUCAAUAUGAAAAUGAGACUUUCUCUCAAGCCCUGAGAAAACAAUGUUUAUGAAUUAGGUGUUAUUUUCUUUGGAACAACAGUGCAAUUCAGAGGCUGUUGAAAGCGUUGAUGCACUUUUAAUGUAACUUUCAUCUUACCAAUUAGCUUGUUCAAAUGCCAGUGCUGUCACAUUUGGCAGCUCGGGGCCCCGACUCUUCAUUUUCUAAUCUGUCGUCCCCUCCCUGUGUAUACAGCCAUGUUUUCUUGAAUGUUAAUGUCACCUUCAAAAUGUCUUUGCCAAUGUUGUUGCCUCAAUAUUUAUUGAAUUAUAUAUUUUCCCUUUAGAAUAAAUGCAAUUGGAAUUGAAGAGAA